AUGUCUGACUUCGUUGAGAAGAAAGACUCGUCUUUUGGCGGCCCUUUCGACCCAAAUGGCUCACCGGACCCGGAAGCGGGAGGUCGCCGCCUUUCGACUACUGUCCAGGGCCGCAAGAUGAGCAGAAUCGGCCCUCCGCCAAAGCUGGGUUCUCUGCCCGCCGACUCGGAUGAAGGCGAAACGCAGCAGAAGCUCAUCGACAUGGAGGCUGAUAAUGCCAUCAAGUACCGCACCUGCUCCUGGCAGAAGACCGCCGCUCUGCUCUUCUCCGAGUACAUCUGCCUCGCCAUCAUGUCAUUCCCCUACUCGUACUCGGUUCUUGGCCUGGUUCCUGGCCUUAUUCUCACCGUGGUACAAGCCGGUUUCGUGCUGUACACGUCGCUCAUCGUGUGGGAAUUCUGCCUCCGUCACCCCGAAGUUCGUGACGUGACCGACAUUGGCCAGAUGCUGUUUUGGAACUCCAAGAUCGUUUGGUUUGCCACGGCUAUCAUGUUCAUUCUCAACAACACCUUCAUUCAGGGCCUGCAUGUGCUCGUCAUUGCUCGCUAUCUCAACACCAUGAGCUCACACGCCAUGUGUACGGUCGGCUUCGCCGCUAUUGGUGCAGUGAUUAGUUGGGUUUGCUCAAUGCCGCGAACAUUCAAUACCUUGUCCCACCUUGCGACUGCAUCGGCCUUCUUUACCUUUAUCUCGGUCAUCCUGGCCACGGCAUUCGCCGGCGUCGAAGGCAAGCACGGAACCGCGGGCUACACGCCCGAGCCGUCGCACAUGGGUCCCGAUGGAUCCAUGAUUCCAGGCGGUGAACCUCUUGUCCUGUCCGUGCCGCAGGCCGGCACGACCUACGUCGAAGGCAUGGAAGCUUUCAUGAAUAUCGCCUAUACCUUCAUCGGUCAAAUCACACUCCCCAGCUUUAUUGCUGAGAUGAAGAACCCGUACGACUUCCGCAAAGCCCUGUGGUUGGUGACCAUCUGUGAAAUUGUCGUCUUCUCCGUGGUGGGCGCUGUCAUUUAUGCCUACACCGGCACGCAGUACAACACCGCCCCAGCAUUUGGCUCACUCGGCAACGAAUUGUACCUCAAAGUCAGCUUCAGUUUCAUGAUUCCCACGCUGAUCUUCCUGGGUGUCUUGUACGCGUCGGUUACCGCUCGAUUUGUCUUCUUCCGCAUCUUCGAGAACUCGCGACACAAGACGGAGAACACGGUCAUAGGAUGGGCGACCUGGGCGGGCAUCUUGGCUGCCACCUGGGUUUUGGCAUUCGUUAUCGCCGAGGUGAUUCCAUUCUUCUCGGAUCUGCUGGCGUUGAUGAGCGCGCUGUUCGACUCGUUCUUUGGAUGGAUCUUCUGGGGAACGGCAUACCUGCGCAUGCGUAGAGCUGACCUGGGACCCGGUUUUUGGAAGAAGCGCGGGAUCCGCGGAUGGACCGGCUUCGUCGUCAACAUCUUCAUCAUUCUGGUCGGGUUCUACUUUUUGAGUGCAGGCACAUAUGUGAGUGUUGAUCGAUCCUGUACGGUCGAUCUGCAUGCUGACGUGCAAUCCAGGUUUCUGUCCAGUCCAUCAUCAAUCACGUAA